AUGAUAAUCUCUACAGCAAGAUGUUUCAACGCCGGCAUCCAGUUCGAGUGCUCGAUACGAAAUCCACGCCGGCGGCAAUGCCGCACCUCGAAAACGGCUACCAGCCCCCGCGGAGACCGGCUUGCUGGCUACUCACUCGGUAUCCGUUCGACGUAUUCAAAUGAUAAGAAACAUUUCAAUGGACCAACAAGAGAUGCCAGGAUCGCGUCGGGCAAUGAUCGCUGGACCACGGACGUGCCCGAACGUAACGAUGAUACGUUGCAGUCGUGA